AUGGACUGGUCCUCCGGUUACAACCAAAUCAAGAUGGACCCUGUGGAUGCACUCGACACCGCCUUCAGGACACCUAGAGGCAACUUCCAUUAUACAGUGAUGCCUUUUGGGUUGAAGAACGCUGGUGCAACCUACCAACGGGCCAUGACAUACAUCCUCGGUGACCUAAUCCACCACUCUGUCGAGUGUUACGUCGACGACAUGGUGGUAAAGACAAAGGACCGCAGGAACCAUCAAGAUGACCUUAGGGUGGUGUUUGAGCGGUUGCGUCGACACCAGCUCAAGAUGAACCCCCUCAAGUGCGCAUUUGCUGUCCGGUCAGGUGUCUUCCUCGGCUUUGUUGUUCGACAUCGCGGCAUCGAGAUUGAGCCAAAGAAGAUCACGGCCAUCCUUGAGAUGCCAUCGCCCCAAAAGCUAAGUGAGCUGAGGACACUCCAAGGACACUUGGCCUACAUUAGGCGCUUCAUCUCAAAUCUCUCUGGACGCAUACAACCCUUCUCUAAGCUAAUGAAGAAGGGAGCACCAUUUGUAUGGGAUGAGGAGUGCCAAAACUGCUUUGAUAGCAUCAAAAGGUACCUUCUUAAUCCUCCAGUGUUGGCUGCUCCUAUAAAAGGACGCCCUCUCAUUCUUUACAUUGCUGCGCAGCCUUCCUCACUAGGCGCCCUACUCGCUCAACAUAAUGAUGAAGGCAAGGAGGUGGCAUGCUACUACUUGAGCCGCACCAUGGUGGGUGUUGAACGCAACUAUUCCUCCAUCGAGAAGUUGUGCUUGGCACUGAUCUUUGCUUUGAAGAAGUUAAGGCAUUACAUGUUGGCACAUGAAAUCCAGCUAGUGGCAAGGGCAGAUCCAAUAAAGUAUCUGCUCAGUCAACCCGCACUCACUGGACGGCUAGCAAAGUGGGUUCUUCUCAUGACAGAGUUUGAUCUCACAUUUGUGCCGCAAAAAGCUAUUAAAGGACAAGCUCUGGCGGAGUUCCUGGCGGCACAUCCUGUACCUGACGACUCCCCACUCAUCACCGAGUUACCUGAUGAGGACGUCUUCACCACUGACAUCGAGGCUCCAUGGGAGCUCUACUUUGACGGUGCCUCACGAGCGGAAGUCGCCCUCGAUGGUACCUCAAGACGAAGAGCUGGAGCUGGGCUGGUGUUCAAGACCCCACAGGGAGGAGUGAUGUACCACUCAUACUCCCUUCUCAAGGAGGAGUGUUCCAAUAACGAAGCGGAGUAUGAGGCACUCAUCUUCGGCCUCCUCUUAGCACUUUCCAUGGAGGUAUGUUCCCUGCGAGUUCAUGGGGACUCUCAGCUCAUUGUUCGACAGAUCAAUGGGGUCUAUGAAGUCCGUAAAUCGGAACUCAUGCCAUAUUGUGAGGCAGCUCAAAAACUCAUGAAUAAAUUCAAAAAUAUUGAAAUUCUUCAUGUCCCACGAAGCAGGAAUGCUCCAGCUGAUGCUUUGGCAAAGCUCGCAGCGGCGCUUGCCCUUCCCGAAGGUAAACCCGCACAAGUCACUAUCGAGGAGAGGUGGCUACUUCCUGCUGUAUUAGAGCUCAUCUCGGCGGAACAGGAAGUCGACACUGUCACCAUGGGGGCCAUCAAAGAGGACGAUUGGCGCAAACCCUUCCUCGACUACUUCAAGCAUAGCAGUCUCCCAGAUGAUAUAGUGAAGAGACGUCAGCUACAACGACGACUUCCAUCCUAUGUCUACAAAGGAGGUGUGCUCUACAAGCGCGCCUACGGACAAGAGAUGCUCCUACGAUGUGUGAACCGUCAUGAGGCCGAUGAAGUGUUGAAGGAGGUUCAUCAUGGAGUUUGCGGUGGGCACCAGAGUGGCCCAAAAAUGUAUCAUAGUGUUCGCUUGGCUGGGUACUAUUGGCCGGGCAUCAUGGCAGAUUGCCUAGAAGUGGCGAAGACGUGCCAUGGUUGCCAAAUCCAUGGCAAUUUCAAGCAUCUACCGCCAGUACCACUUCACCCGACGGUCCCUUCAUGGCCGUUCGACGCUUGGGGCAUGGACGUCAUCGGCCCCAUUGACCCUCCUUCUUCUGGAGGUCAUCGCUUUAUCCUUGCUGCAACGGACUACUUCUCCAAAUGGGCGGAGGCAGUACCAUUGCGCAAGGUGAAGAGCGCUAACGCCAUCAAUUUUCUGGAGCGACACAUCAUAUACCGCUUCGGAAUUCCACGUCGCAUCACAUCUGACAAUGCUAAAGCUUUCAGAUCAGACAAGAUGCAUAGGUUUAUGGAGAAGUAUAAAAUCAAGUGGAACUACUCCACUGGCUAUUAUCCCCAGGCAAACGGGAUGAUAGAAGCGUUCAACAAGACCCUCGGCAAGAUACUUAAGAAAACAGUGCACAAGCAUAGGAGAGACUGGCAUGAUCGUCUCUUCGAAGCACUAUGGGCGUACCGCGUCACGGUCCGUACCCCAACUCAAGCCACCCCAUAUUCUCUUGUGUAUGGGUGUGAGGCAGUUUUGCCUCUAGAGAUUCAGCUACCAUCAUUACGGGUGGCUAUUCAUGAUGGGCUAACUCAGGAUGAACAGGUCCGACUCCGGUUCCAGGAACUCGAUGCCCUAGAGGAGGGUCGCCUCAAGGCUGUACAAGAACUGGAGCUAUAUCGCCACAACAUGGCGAGGGCCUACAACAAGCUCGUCAAGCGGCGCGCCUUCAGGAAAGGUGAACUGGUGCUCGCGCUUCGGCGUCCUAUCGUUGUCACACACAAGACGAAAGGAAAAUUCGAGCCCAAGUGGGAAGGACCAUACACCAUCGAACAAGUCUACAACGGAGGCGCCUACCAACUGGUCGAUCAACAAGGAGUCCGACCAAUGCCGCCCAUCAAUGGAAGGUUCUUAAAAAAAUAUUUUGCAUAA